AUGAAAAGUGCCCCAGGGCAAAGUGCCCCUAAAUCCCUACCGUGUAGUAGUGGCAAGCCGUUCGCCGCCGACGACGAUCUGCUGCUCUUCUUCUUCGCCGACACCCGCGACCGCCUCGACCCUCCAGUCGACGCGGGCUACAUAGGCGUCUGCCUCACCGGGUGCGCCGCAACGCUCCCCGCAGCUGAGCUCCGCGGCGAGCGCGCCUUAGCCGCCGCGACAUUGGCGGUACAGGGCGAGAUCAACAAGAUGAAGGAGGACCCAGUCGCCGGGUGGAAUUUCAUGAACCCGACCCUCUGGGCAUUGUUAGACCGGAUGAUGAACAUAUCAGGCUCGCCUGGCUUCAGGGCGUACGACAUCGCCGACUUCGGGUGGGGAAAGCCAAGACGGACCGAGAAUAUCAAGAUGAACCAGGAUGGUCAGGUGGCCAUGAUGCGCUCCAGGGAUGGCCAAGGCGUGCAGGUAUCGGUGUCACUGCUCCACGCGGCACAGAUGGAUGAGUUCAAGUCUCACUUUCUCAUGUUUUAG